AUGGGCGGACAAGGCAGAGAAGGCAAAGGUGGCAAGGCCAAGCCCCUCAAGGCCCCCAAGAAGCAAAACAAGGAGCUCGAUGAUGAGGACAAGGCUUUCCUUGAGAAGCAGCGUGCUGCUGAGAAGGCCAAGAAGGAGAUGGCCGCCAAGGCUGGCGGUAAGGGACCACUGAACACCGGUGCCCAGGGUAUCAAGAAGUCUGGAAAGAAGUAA